GUUAAUGUUUUUAGCCCCUUUUAGAAGUCAUAGGCUGCUGUGAAAAUUAGCGCUUGUUAUACGAGUGUGUGUUGUUUUGUGACAUUGUGUGUGUGUACUUAUGGUGUGUUUGUAUACAAAGAGUCGUUGUUGAAUUGACUUCAUCAGUCGUUUCCUGUUUUUAAAUGUCUGUCUUAUUCAAAGUGACAAUAAUAUUCUAGAAUCUAGAUUUUAAAAUAGUCUAUAUUUCUUAUAGACUUAAGAGAUUAAAUUCAAAUUUAUUAAUGUUACAUUCAUGUAAGUGAACAAUGUUUUUUCAUUGGAAUAUAAAGGAUUAAUAUGGCAAGGUCAUUGCCGAAGUCAGGCUUUUUAAAAUUAAACCGUUCGACUUCGACUUCAUUAACAAACAACAGUUCCACUGACACUGCUGCUACUGCUAAAAAUAACAAGCUCACAGAUAUAUUUUCUCUUUCCCAAACCACUGCCACUACUCCUGGAGGAUCAAAAGAAUUAACAUCCGUUUCUUUCAAAGAUUCAUUUAAUUCUGCAGCAAAAUCUAAAGUAAAAAGUCCUAUUAUUAACGUUAGUGAAUUCUUCACUUCAAGAGAUAAGAUAGAGUAUAGUGAACAGCUGCACGCCUCAUUCAAAUUAGAGAAUGGUCACAAAAGUAUUGAAGAGUUAACUUGCGAUGAAAUAGAUGACAUAUUGCCAAAGACAGACUAUACCUAUGCAAGAACAGCCACCUACAGCCCAAAAUACUUGAACAAAAAGUACAUCAGCCCAAACAUGUCUAGAAGAAAAAUUCAUGGUUCCUCCAUGCUGGCUCUGAGUGAUGAUGAAAAUGAUGAUACUCAUGACAGUGUGUUUAUUAAUAAAUAUACCAUCCCUGAAUAUGGAGCACCAACAACAAAUCCUUCAACAGAACCCACUGGCACAGUGGCAUCACAUAUACAACAUGGUAGCAAAUCCAAAGGUAGAAAAAUAUUGACAUCUACGCCUAUACAGCCUCAUGGAGACCACCAUAUCUCAGCUCAUGACCACUAUUAUGAAGGCAUGGUGCUGCGUUCAGGAAGUCAUGUCAAAGGACAACGUUUUUUAAAAGACAAGCAGAGAUUUGACAAAGAAACUCUUACUAAGAUAAACUUUGACAAAACAGAACAAAGUAGACUUGACAAAAACUCUGAUGACACAGCCUUCAUUCAAGCACCAGCAAGUACAAGGUCAUCCAAAGACCUUGGGGAUUAUCAUGACAUUAACUCAUUCUCACACCAAAAUAGAUCUCACAACGUAAUAACUACCAUCACAACAACCACCACAACUUAUGAAGAUAUGGAAGAUGAAUCUGAUGAGAACAAACUCAGAGUCGACCAAUCAGACACAGAAAAAAGGAAACAAAAGAAUCAAGAGUACAGCCAUGAACAACCUUUGCUGGUUGAGAGGAGAUACGACCAAUCAGAACAGUUUAGAAUGAACAAACAGAACAAAGCUAAUGAAUAUUUAAGUGAUCCAAUGUUUCUUAAAAGAGAUGGAAAGAAUCAGUACAGGCUGAAACAUCUUUAUGGGUUGGAUAAAGAUGAGGAUAUAUCAGACAUAGAUGAUACAGAUUGGGGAGCUUCUCACACUGCUAAAACUGCUACUAGUGGUAGCUCCAGCUCUACUGACACAGUCACAUCGCGGCAGACUGGCUCUGGUGUGAGACGGUCUAGUGGGCUUAGUCCCCAGUAUUCCAAUAGAGAGAGGUUUACUUCCACAUACACAGGUUCAUCUGGUGCCAGGAGAACACCAUGGUAUCUGUUGAUCACCACAUUCUUCACAUCUUUAAGUACUGCUAUCUCAGAGUCUGUCUCAGGUGCUGGUUUUGAUCAAUUUGUCAGUUCAACAGCUAAUACUCUGUCUACUGUACUAGCACCAGUGCGAUGGUUGCUUAGACCAUUGUCAUCCUUAGCUAGCUGGCUAAUUGUCCAGUCCUACACUUUACUUCUCUGGGACAUUCAAGCUAAACACAGAAAACGUCGAGGGUGUUGUUGUUUGCUGCUACCAUUGUUGUUCUUGUUGCCUUUGUUUCUUUUAGCAGGUUACUAUCUUCAUGAUGCCCAGCAAAGCGCCUUCAAUUUCAUAUCUGGUGCAGGUCAGGUCAUUGGGUCUUCAUUAUCUUACCUGUGGCUGACCACCAGCUCAGACAGCAAAGCUGUGUUCAGAGAGGUUCCUGUUCCUCCUGUACCAGUUGCAUACCAAAGUGCAGACAUUGCCCAAGUCAAUAUGACACAUAUUCACCAAUACAUUCAGCAAACUGUCAUCCAGGCAACUGCAGGCAAGAGAGAUGACAGACCAGUAGGAUUAACCAGAGAGCAAGUGGAGGAUAUUGUGCAAGUACUACUAUCUGCUCAGAUGAAGGGAUUGACCAUUGACUUGAAUGAUAAAAUAGAAUCUUUCAAGGUUCUUUUAGCUAAAGAUGAUGUGACUCUGACUACAUUAGAAACUAAUCUCAAAGGUCUACAAGAUGAAGUUAAACGUGCCUCAACUAUUCAGCUGGCAAUGAAUGAAGGCUUUGACAACCUGAAGAAAUCUUGGGAGAGUUCCCAGUCCAAAGAUUCAUUAGAUUGGCAGGCUGCAUUUGAAGUGCAACAACAGAAACUUCUUGAUCUGUCUGCACAAGUUGCCAGCUUGUCUUCACAGAAUGCUGCACUCACAGCUUUGGUCAGCAAUUGCUGCAGAAACAACACAUUGACUGUGGACAUUGUACGAGCGCAGACUCUAGCCAUUUUGUCACAGAUGGGAACAGAUGGGAACGGUCCACUUGCAGAUCUAGUGAACAAGGCUACAGGUCAGUUUGUUGACAGAUCAGAAUUGGAUGUGAAGCUUGCAGCACUAUCUUCCCAGAUCAUGGACAACUUGAAAGUCAUGCUGGCAGCUAUGGAAAAGGAAUCAGAAGUAAAGAAUGAAACUGUGGUUCAGACAGCACUUGUUGGUGGCUUAGAUGAGAUGACUGUGAAAAUUAUUGUAGAAGAAGCAUUGAUUCAGUUUAGUGCUGAUCGUGUUGGCAUGCCUGAUUUUGCCCUUGAAUCUGCUGGUGGAAGUGUUUUAAGUGUGAGAUGUUCUGAGACCUUCUACAAGAAAACAGCUCUAGUUAGUGUCUUUGGUAUUCCUCUAUGGUAUACAUCCAAUUCGCCUCGCACAGUCAUACAGCCAAAUGUUAACCCUGGAGAGUGCUGGGCCUUUAAGGGCACCUCUGGCUACUUGGUCUUGCAGCUCUCCCAUCCCAUUCAGCCGACAGGAUUCACAUUAGAGCACAUACCCAGAAGUUUAUCUCCUAAAGGAGAUAUUAGUAGUGCCCCUAAAGAGUUUACUGUCUUUGGUUUAACAUCAGAAAAUGAUUUCCAAGGCAUUAAUUUGGGCAACUACACAUACCUAGAUAAUGGCAAACCAAUCCAGUUUUUUCCUGUUCAGAAUCAAAGUCCUAGAAUCUUUCAGCACAUAGAGCUUAGAAUUCUGAGUAACCAUGGUAACAAAGAAUACACAUGUAUUUAUAGAUUCAGAGUGCAUGGCUUGCCUUGAAAAUUAAAAAUUAUAAAUAGCAAUAGAUCUAAAAACUGUUUAAUGUUUUAUUUUUUGUAUGUUGAGUUUUGAAUCUUUUUUUUUUCUUUUAUAUUAUUGUAUUCAACACAGAUUGUUUCAUGUCCUUUUUGUAACUCCACCUUUUUACAAGUAUGUUGAUAUUAAGGACAUUUUUUUUCUCUCUGGUUGUGAUUAUUGAUUGUGUUGCCCUGUACUUGUAUAUCUGCUGCUAUAAAUUAAAACCUGACAAUAAUUGUAAAUUUUUCUUGAACUCUGACACUAUAAUAUUGUGUUUUGUAUGAAAUCUUGCCUUCUCAAUGUGUAUCAUAUAAUGGAAGUCAAUUACUUUUUCAUUUUAUACUCUAUUCAAUAUCACUGCCUUUGUCAUAUAAGCCUUUAAUGUAGAUGUACUUUCUUUUGUUGGUAGAACAGUGUAGAUAAUUGUUUUUGUGCAAAACUUAAUUCCUUGAAUUCUAAGUGCCAUUAUAUCAUAUUGAAACUUUGUGCAACACAUCAAUAUGUGGUGAUGGCCCAUGGUUUAUUACAUAAUAUAGUAUUGACUGAUAUAUAUAUAAAUAUAUAUACAUAUAUUUAAUUAAUUUUAAUAUAGUCAAUAAUAGUUUCAAAUUAAUCUAAAAAUACAAAUAAUUUAUUUAAUAUUGUACUCUUUAGUUAGCUAGCAAUAUAUCAGUAAUUACUCAUUUAACAGAAAUGACUUUCUAGUUUUCAAAUGCACUAUGAAUCAAUGUUUAAAUUUGAAGUACCAGUAAGUUUGACUUGUCACUAUUAUUAGCAUAGAUAAUUCUUCAUGGGAAUUGUCAUUAGUAUUUUGAAAUUAAUACUAAGAAAAUGAAAUGUGAAAUGCUUGAUUUUUUUUUUUAAAUGCAUCUUAGGAUUUCAGUAUUUAAAAAAAAGAAAUGACAUUUAUAACACCUGAAAUCAGCUUUUAGUUUAGUUUAGCACAAUAAUUUUCUUUUCUCACAACUGUCCAGAAACAGCUUUUAUCUAAAUGUACCCCUCUGUAGUUUUGUUUUGUUUUUUUAUACAUUAUAAUGUAUAACUUUGAAAUAGUAAGAAAUAUAAUCAAAUUUAAUGUAAACGUUUUUUUUUAAUUUUGUAGAAGCGUACAGAAGUAUAGUAAUUAUAUAAAGGUCUUAAUUUUAAUUAUCUUAUAGAGUUAAGAUGUACUGAGUAUCCUCUGAACCCAAAGCACUUUUACUUUUUCAGUGAAUUUCAUUUAUAUUAAAUAGUUAUAUAAAUCAAUGGUGAAAAAAAAAAUGUUCAAGAAAUUUCUAGGCUGAACUUAUUUGAGUAAAUAAUGUACAUUCUCAUUAUAGAUCUUUGCAUUACGAUGAUUUUUAUUUUGUGAUAGUCUUUUGUUUAACUUUAUUUUGUAGAUCUGUGAAUAUCUUUUUAAUUUUUUUUUUUGCUUAAUAAUUAAUUUAUUGCUGUACAAUUGUACAAAUUAUUUAAUUGGUACUUAGCUUGCUUACAAACAAAAUAUUUUGUUGUCAUUGUCAUGUAAAUCAAAUAAAACACUGUAGAUUAAGCCAUGUAUCUUUAGAAAUUUUCUGUUCAUCUUCAAUUUCAGUACAAAUUCUAGUUUAAUUAAAAAUGGAAACCACAUUUUAAACAAGCCAAGAUUUGUUUUAAAAGAUUUAUUUAAUUCAUAAAAUAUUGUAUCAAAAAGUUAUUCUUUUUUUUUCAUAUUAGUGUCAUUCCUAAAAUAGUUGUUGCACUCGUGUAUGUAAAAAAAAAAUCAAAUUGUAUAUUUCUCUAGUUCUUUUUUUUUCUCCCAAAUUUGAUCUAUAAAAAUGUUAAUAACAUUCAGUGAAUUCAAUUCAUUGCAUAUUGAUAUCAACAAGAGUAAAAAUUGGCUAAGUGAAACAUCUAGAUCUCCGUUAAAAUAAAUGUAUUCCUUGGUCACUUUUGCUUGUAUAUUUGUGUUUAUAAUUAUUGAAUAGUAAAUUGGUGGCAUAUUUGUAAAUCAAGGCAAUAAAUCCCACUCAUAGUUGGAGAUAAAACAUAAUAAAAAUGUAUAAUUUCAUUUUUUCCUUUGCUACUGAAUAAGUGGUUUCUUAGCACUACCAGCCUGUCAAAAUACUAUUAUGGUUAUUAGUAAGUUCUCUUUCAAGAAGGACCAGCAUUCAUUUUUUAUUUAUAUUUUUUCAAUGAUAAUGAUCAGCCUUUGAAUGCUGCAUCUUUAUGUUAAUCUAAACUUGAGUAUUUUUAUAACUCUGUUUAAGCUAGUUGAAAUGAGCAGCUUUGCUUCAUUUUCUUGUUUCUAAAUCCAUAAAUCUAAUUUUCAGUGCCCUGUGUUACAAACACAAAAAUUCAGAUGAGCAUUGUUGAAUAGAAGUUCAGUUAUAACUGUGCAUUGAUGGUAUAAUGUAGUUUAAUUAUCCAGGACAGGAAAACACCUUAUCAAUUGAAAAAGAUGGCACUUAAAUGUUAUAAUUUUACAUUAUAUCUGCUUUGUUUGCAUUUAUUGUUUGCCAUAGUUUAGUUUUCUUGAAAUAGUAUUAUACAAUACAAUUAUUAUUUGUAUAGACAUUUAUCCCAUCAAUGUAUUUCUAGUGUAAGUUAAACCUGAUGGAAAAUGUUUCACUAAAACCACAUUUAUAGGUGUAAAAUAAACAUAAAUCUAGGGUUUUGUAAUCAUUUUCAUUGAUUAGUUACAUUGACUAAUCUCAUAUUGGUGCUUUUUUUUUAUAUUAUUUAAUCCUAAAUCAAUAAUUAAAGCUCUUGAUAUUUGUAUCUUCUGUUCACUUUUAGGUUAACUAAGCUAGCAAAAAUUCAAGCAUUCUCUCAGAGCAUUUGAUAUUUUAAAAUAAAGAUCUAAAAAAAACACACACACACAUAUAUUUCCAACAAGCAAAUUAUUUGAAACCUUUUAUUUAAAUGUUUUUUUAUUAGUAUAGCAUAAUAUAUAAUACAUUUACAUUUUCAACAACUUCAAAAAGAGCAAGAUCAAAUAAACAUUUCAAUCUUGAAUUCAAUCA